CAGCGCUCGCGCGGCAUGGGCGGGGUCAGGGCCGGAAGGGGCGGGGGAGGGACCGGGACCGGGAUUCGGAUCGGGACCCGGACCCGUCCGGGGUCCCUGUGGAGCGCGGGUCGCGAUGUGGCCGCUCCGCCUGGGCACGGCGCUGCAGCGAUGUGGUGGCCGCAUGGCCACCGUGGGCCGGCGGGCACAGCACGGCACCGCGGCGGCCACCGCCACCGGCCACACACCCAGCUGGACGGGGCAGGAGAGUCUGGCCGAGAGCGACCCCGAGAUGUGGACGCUGGUGCAGAAGGAGAAGGAUCGGCAGUGCCGGGGGCUGGAGCUCAUCGCUUCGGAGAAUUUCUGCAGCCGGGCAGCACUGGAAGCUCUGGGUUCCUGCCUUAACAAUAAGUACUCGGAGGGGUACCCUGGCAAGAGGUACUACGGGGGAGCCGAGGUGGUGGACCAGAUCGAGCUGCUGUGCGAGCAGCGGGCGCUGGAGGCGUUCGACCUGGAUCCUGCCUGCUGGGGCGUCAACGUUCAGCCCUACUCGGGAUCUCCGGCCAACUUCGCAGCCUACACAGCCCUGCUGCAGCCCCACGACCGCCUGAUGGGGCUGGACCUGCCCGAUGGGGGACACCUCACGCAUGGGUACAUGUCGGACGUCAAGAGAAUCUCGGCAACAUCCAUCUUCUUUGAGUCGAUGCCCUACAAACUUAAUCCAGCCACGGGGCUGAUUGACUAUGACCAGCUGGAGGUGACAGCGCGGCUUUUCCGUCCCCGUCUCAUCAUUGCCGGCGCCUCCGCGUACGCCCGCCUCAUCGACUACGCUCGCAUGAAGAAGGUGUGCGAGGAGGUGAAGGCGUACCUGCUGGCGGACAUGGCGCACGUCAGCGGGCUGGUGGCGGCCAAGGCCAUCCCUUCACCCUUCGAGCACGCGGACGUGGUCACCAGCACCACGCACAAGACCCUGCGUGGCGCCAGGUCGGGACUGAUCUUCUACCGCAAGGGCGUGCGCUCGGUGGAUAAGAAGACGGGCAAGGAGACGCUGUACGACCUGGAAGACAGGAUCAACUUUGCUGUUUUCCCCUCCCUGCAAGGGGGGCCCCACAACCACGCCAUUGCUGCUGUGGCCGUGGCUCUCAAACAGGCCAACUCGCCAGCUUUCCGCCAGUACUGCCAACAGGUGCUGAAGAAUGCCAAAGCCAUGGCGCAGGCGCUGCUGCAGCGCGGCUACACCCUGGUGUCAGGUGGCACUGACAACCACCUGGUGCUAGUGGACCUGCGGCCCAAGGGCAUUGACGGCGCACGGGCUGAGCGGGUGCUGGAGCUCGUCUCCAUCACUGCCAACAAGAACACGUGCCCGGGGGACAAGAGCGCACUCACCCCAGGGGGGCUGCGCCUGGGAGCCCCCGCGCUGACCUCCCGCCACUUCUACGAGGAGGAUUUCCACAAAGUCGUGGCUUUCAUCGACGAGGGCAUCAUGCUGGCCCUGGACGUCAAGAGCAAAACCAGGAAGCUCCAGGAGUUCAAGACGUUCUUGCUGCAGGACGUGGAGACGCAGCAGCGCUUGGCUGAGCUGCGCCAGCGCGUGGAGACCUUCGCUCGUGCCUUCCCCAUGCCCGGCUUCAGCGACCACUGAGCCGGGCUCUCGCCCCUCCUGCUGGGCUGGGACUACCUGGGGGCAAGGGGAGGCUUAAACCCCCCUCUCUACAUUCCCCGCUCCCCUUUGUUCCCCGCCAGCACCUUUGGGAUUGGGCACACCCUGCCCAGGGUGGGGGGCAGCACACCCCAUCCUGCUCUCAGUAUUAGGGUAUAGAAUCCCUCUUCCCCCCAGACCUGGAUUUGGGGAGGAACAUCCUUGCUCCAGCCUCACCCCCUCGGUCUGAGCACUUUUCUAGGGGGAGGCGUCGCUAAUAAAAGUUAGGGCAGAG